ACCCGAGUCACGUGUUGUUGAUGACACGUGUCUCAGGCACGGGAGGAAUGUGACGUUGGCCAGGAAGUGACAUAUGAAGGUGGUGACGUGUACGAGGUCAUAUAAGACGUUGGCUCGGCGCAGUCGUCGGCUGUGGGGGGCCGGAAGUGGUCAGGGGGGAGUCACAGCUGGAGUGAAGCCUCCGCAGCUGGGCGGUCUGGGGCCCGUCUCGCCGCCGGCCCGUCGCCUCCCGGAGCCAGCCCCGGGCAGACAUGGAUUUCCGGGAGAUCCUGAUGGUGGCGUCUGAGCAGCAGGGGCUGAGCGCGGUGUCGAAAAGAUACAGUUUGGCAGUAGGCCCUCCCAAAAAAGAUCCAAAAGUCAAAGGUGUCCAUUCUGCAGCAGUGCAAGCUUUUCUGAGGCGGAAAGAAGAAGAAAUUAGAGGAAAAGAACUAGAGGCAAAAAGGAAGAAGGAGGAACUUCUAGCUAAGCGUAUUGAACUGAAACAUGACCGAAAAGCAAGAGCUAUGGCUUCACGGACAAAGGACAACUUUUAUGGCUAUAAUGGCAUUCCUAUUGAAGAGAAGCCUAAAAAGAGGCAGACUUGUGAAAAUGUCAAUCAGUGCACAGAUGCAGAAUAUAUGACAGAAGAUGAGGCAGAGCUGUUUGAAUACAGUCAGACUGAAUCUGAGCAUGAACCAGAGGACUAUGAAGAGAAACCAUCCAAAGCUGCAGUGAAACCAAAGGCACCUCCCAAAAGUGCUCCUACCCCUAUGAACUUUGUAGAUCUUCUGAGGCUGGCUGAAAAAAAACAGUAUGAACCAGUAGAAAUAAAAGUAGUGAAAAAGACCGAAGAAAGGCCAAGAACAGCAGAAGAAUUGAGAGAAAAAGAAUUUUUGGACCGGAAAAACAAAAAAGGGGAAAUCCAGAAAGAGAAAAAAAAACCUGAAAAAGAGAUUAAGAAUGUAACUGCAUCAAGUUCUUCAAAUAAAGUGUUUUCUCAUAAAGCGUUUAUAAAUGCAAAACUUAGCAAAAACUCAGUGGAUAAACGUUCCUCUUCAAAAGGCAGUUUCCCUUCUCAGUGUGGUCCUGAUAAGAAAUCCAGUGGGCCUGUGUUUAGCGACAAACAUGCAAGGUCAUCAUCUUCCUCCAAAUCCAGUCAAGUGGAAAAAGCAAAAGUUACACAAAAUGGACCUUUAAAAAGCUCAUCGAGUGGCAUCCAUAGUAAAUCUUCAGUCAAUGGAGUAGGAAAAUUUGGGUCAAGCGCACAUACACCAAGCUCAAAAGCACCCACUAAUGGGGCUCAGAAACUACAAUCUGCUAAAGAACCUAGUCUGAAAAAAUCUACUUCUGUCCAUACAAAACUGGGUAGUGCAGCACCCCCUCAGCAUGAAAUUGUUAAAAAUUCCAGCUCUGGGCGGCCGGGGAGCAGUGCGGGGAUGGGCGGGCCUGGGCGGCCGGGGAGCAGUGCGGGGAUGGGCGGGCCUGGGCGGCCGGGGAGCAGUGCGGGGAUGGGCGGGCCUGGGCGGCCGGGGAGCAGUGCGGGGAUGGGCGGGCCUGGGCGGCCGGGGAGCACCAGCAGUGCGGGAACGGGUAGGCCAGGGAGCAGUGCGGGGAUGGGCGUGCCCGGGCGGCUGGCCAGCAGUGCGGGAACGGGUAGGCCAGGGAGCAGUGCUGGGAUGGGCGGGCCCGGGCGGCCAGGGAGCAGUGCUGGGAUGGGCGGGCCCGGGCGGCCGGGGAGCAGUGCAGGGAUGGGCGGGCCCGGGCGGCCAGGGAGCAGUGCUGGGAUGGGCGGGCCCGGGCGGCCGGGGAGCAGUGCUGGGACGGGUGGGCCCGGGCGGCCGGCCAGCAGUGCGGGAACGGGUAGGCCAGGGAGCAGUGCGGGGACGGGUGGGCCCGGGCGGCCGUCAUUCAGUUCAAGCGUGGGACCUGGGCGACCAGGCAGCAGCUCAGUUGCACCUCCAAAACCUAAGUGCACUGUUGUAUCAGAAACAAUCUCAUCUAAAAAUCUAGUCUCCAGACCAAGUAAUGCACCAAUGAAUGGAACGAGACCUUCUCCAGGGCAUAGACCAGUGUUUCAUCCACAAGGUCUUCCAAGGCCGUCUCUUCCACCUAUAAGUUAUAAAAGGCAAAUAGAAGAUGAUGAAGAAUAUGAUUCUGAAAUGGAUGAUUUCAUUGAUGAUGAAGGGCAACCCCAGGAAGAAAUAUCAAAACAUAUUCGAGAAAUAUUUGGCUAUGAUCGGAAUAAAUAUAAAGAUGAAAGUGAUUAUGCCUUACGUUACAUGGAGAGCAGCUGGAAAGAGCAACAGAAAGAGGAAGCCAGGAGUUUGAGACUUGGUGUCCAAGAGGACCUAGAAGAGCUGAGACGUGAAGAGGAGGAAUUGAAACGUAAGAAGCAGGCAAAGAAGCUGAGGACACAUUAACUGAUUUACAGUGAUUUUGUUCGGUUUUUCUACUAUCCUGGUCACCCCUUUGCCUCAAUAUUUCAGCUCCUCUUAUAGUAUAACUUCUGUUUUUAUUUGCUUAUUGGUGAGCAAGAAAAUAUGUAAAGGGAGGAGAGGGCAUAGAAAAACAAGGCUUUAGUUUGACCCUAAAAUAUUUAUUUUUAAUACUUGCCAGGGUUAAUUUUUUACAAAAAGAAACUAAUGCAGAUUUUUGGAAUAAAAGCUAUUAAUGAAUGUUUCCAUUGACUAAAUUAGUUCAAAAUGCCAGCAGAAAUAUUGACUAACUAUGCACUGGCUUGCAAGAUUUCUGUGGGCCCAUACACCAGUAAAUCAGACUUGCAUUCUUCGUUUGACAUGUGGGGGGAAAAGAGAUGAAUGCCAUUUAUGUUCCUUAGUUACUUUUGAGAGAUAAAAGUACUGCUUUGUGUCUUAAAUCUCUUGGAUUAGGAUCCCUCAAAAUAUUGAAAUAUCCUCUUCUGUUCAAAACAGCUUGGUUGUAAAUUUCAGCCAUUGCCAGUAAUGUUUAAAGCAAUAAAAUAUGUUUUUCUGAUUUGAGAACCUUGUGUCUUAACAAAAAUAGUAAUUAAACAGAAGAACCUUUGAUUUCUAAAAAAUGCUUGUCAUUCAUUAUACCUUGCAUUUAACAGUGUGACCAAGUUUACAUUGGCAUUUUUUAUGUCUGGAAUGUCAAUGCCAACUGAUUUCAGUAAAACACAAAUAAACAUUUUUCCUGGAAAAUAGGAAUUUGCAGCGUUUGUAUAUAACUAGUGCUUUUUAGCUCAAGCAAAUGCUUAGGAAUUUUUUUCUGCCCUGCAAAUCUUAAAAUUGAUUUUACAGUUUCAUCUGUUUUUACACGUUGAGUGUAUAGUACACUUUUAUGUUUUCUCUUGCAUUAAAAAUCAGGUUUUUAUAAAAUAUAAAGCAGUUAUUUAUGCUAGCAAUUGCAAAGUCUGGAAGAGUACAUUAGAAUGAAGUUGUGUGAAAUACAGAAUUUUCAGAUUUUUUUUAUGAUCAAGGCAAGAUGCAUUUGCAGUUCCUCUGAGAUAGCAAAUAACUUUGCAGUUGUCAUGCUGAAUUCAACUAGUGAAUACUUCUGAUUUAAUUUUAGCAAACCAAAAAUGUAUAUGUAAUGUGUAUCAAGAGAGUUCCGCCCUCUAUUUUGAUGCCCAUAUUGCACCUUUAUUUCAAGCUAUGCACUACAAAGAUAAGUUUCCUCUAAGUAAAUAAGCGUGUAAACAAUAGGCACACGGUUCAUCUAAAUCUGCAGAGAUUGCACUCUGGAUUCACAGCCCUAAUCUAAUGAUGCAUUACUUUUUAUCCCGCAUGCUACAUAGUGUGUGGUCUCAACAAAGAGACAGUCACUGCUCUACUCUGCUUCAAGCAUUAGCUCUCCAUUAGUAGUCCUUCUACCAUUAGAUACUUGAACUGUUGCUAACCUCUAAUGCUAGAAGCAAUGGGCAAAGUGUUACAAGGUUAUUGGGGGUAAGUGGAAGAGACUGGCCAAGGAAUAAGGAGGAGGUGGGGGAAGAGAAAUUGCAUGCAAAAUGAGUAGAUACACAAGGCAGGAGAGAACGUAGCCUAUCAGAGAGCAUUUCUUGUCAUUGCUGCCUCCAGAAACACCAAUUCUGGCAUCAAAGUGGAAGGACCAAUAUUGGCAGCAGGUGACCUGACUCACUGUAAGGAAAAAAGGGGCAUUGUCCUUACUAUAAACUGUUUUUGGCAGUGGUGAAGCAUUCCAUCUUUUCAACACAUUGCUAAAACGAAUGAACCCUUUGGAUAGUGGUUACAGGUUUGUGUAGUAGUAAUUGACAGAGAUACCCAAACGAAGGUAAUUAACAGUGCGCCUCUGUAUUUUUUUUAAAAACUGUUAUAUUGCAUAACAUAGAAACUGAUCCAUCUCUAUUGUACUUGCUAUAUAUAUAUACACACACAUACACACACACACACACACAGAUGCAAGAUACUGUAACCUGAUUGGCUGAUUAUUUACAUGCCAUUUUAUGUUUGCUCUGCUUAAUGGGACCAGCUGAAUUGUUUGCUGUAGUUUCUAGAAUUAUCUACUCAAGACAAUGAAUGUUGGGACCAUGACCAAGUGGCUGUUCAUUUUUUUAAACUGAAUUGAACCUCUAGAUCUUUGUCAGCCCAGAUAACUAUAUUAGCCACGAACAAUCAUCUGAAUUGUUGAAAAAAACUUUGGAAAUGAAAAACGUAUUCACUGUUUGAUCCACUGACAUUUUUUAAAGUGUGUAUUAGAAAAUGACACUUCUAAAACAUUCAGUUUAGAGCUAAAUCUGCCUUUCAGAUAAAAAUAGGUGAAAUAAAGGCCCUGAUUAUUCUUUUUUUACUUCUGUAAUUGGCAGAGAUGCUGUAAUUAACCACUAUUGCAAGAUUAUUUCAACUCUUUUAUCUUGAAAGCACCGUGUUGUCAUUUGUCUUGUAGAAGAUGACUGGAAUAUUGUCUCCAUUGCCAGCCUUCCUCAAACAAUGUACACCUUGUGCUGUAUUUGUUCCCUCAUAAAAUAAUUAUUGUUUAAUUUUUUUUAUAUUUCAUAUAGAAAUUUAAUUCACUCUUUGCAGUCAAGACCUACUUUCUCAUAGCUAAUAUGGGUUACUAAUUUUUUUUAAACUUUGUACAAGUUACUAGAUUUUAAUUAACAUGUCUUUGUACAUUUACUGCAUUCUUACUGCUUGUAAAUCAGCUAGGAAAGUAUUAAAAAAUUAUUUUAUAUCCAAAAAUCUGUUUACUCUCUACCAGAUAAUUAAUUUUAUUUUGUUAAUGUAGUCAAUAUCUGAUGAGACUUCAAAAGACUUUGAAGUAAAAAACAAACAAAAAAAAACCCCCAUUGCCUAUUCCUGCUUAUAAGGAUUACAUGUUAAGCUAGUGACGUUCAUCAUAAUUAAACGUUUAUUUUGGUUUUUAGAUUUAAAUUCAGUGUUUGAAGAUGUGCCUUUUUUUUACUAAAUUGGGUCUAAAAAAAUCUAUUCAUGAAUGUAGGAGUAUAAAAAAAAAUACAGAUUAGUCUGUUUCUGCUAUCACAGAUGACAGAUCUUUAAACUUGAUAGUCUGAAAUGAUUAGUUUUCAUAAAAUCUUUCCAGGUCAGGCUUCGACUGCACAAUUACAGUAACUAUUUCUUUACCUGUAUUACUAAAAGAAAUUAAGGGCACUUUGUAUUAGACUUUUUGAAAAUGUUUUGUAUUUACAAUUCAGCUGUGCUUAUACAUCACAGCACUGUCCUCGGGCGGUCAGGGUAGUGCAUCACAGGAAGCCUUAGUGUGCAAUUCUGUGCUGUGCUUUAAAGUAGAAAUUUUUCAAAGUAGAUGAAAUCUCUUCACUGGAGUCUGGAAUUAUUUUUGUGUAAACCCCGAAAUUGUGCAGGAAAACUUUUUUUUUUUUUCAUUUUGAAACCUAAUUAGUAUCUGAAGCAUAUUUCCCAAUACAGCAGGAGACCAAAACAGAGAGAGAAAAUAUAUGGAGAGAGACUGGUGAUUAAAUUGUGAUGAAUAUACUUGACUUUUAUUUAUUCUGGUGCGUGUGGUGCAAUAUUGAAUUGUCAGUGUGUAAUUGAAUGCUUUCUGUUUUAGCCUAUGAUUUUCUUUGGGUGUUUCAUUUGUGCACAGUGUCUUUUUACAAAAUGUGACAAAUCAGGUAAAAACAUACAUAACUGUUUUCUGGGUGCUGUCAAGAAAGUGUAUACUUUUACAUAUGCUGAGUGCAGAUAAAAGUUUUGCAUAUUAUGUAUAUAAUAAAUUACAGGUAUUAAACAUUUUAUUUAUCUUUGUCA